GAGGCUGAAAAUGCAUUGGACACGGAUAUGUUCACCUUCCUCAAUGAGGAGUUUGUUGACUUUGAUCUCGAUAUGCAACAGAUCCUGGACAAUCCGGAGUUUGAUCUAGAUGGCUUUGAUGGGAAUUUGUUCGGAGCAGAAAAAACCACUGCUGACACUUCAGACAGUGACAGCGGUAUUAGCAAUCCUGGCGACCUGUUGUUGACUCCUGGUGAAGCUUUGUGCCUGCAGUCAUCGGAGGAAGUUGGAGCAGCCACGAUCAUAGACGAAUCUCCUUCGGUGUCCACUGCGUCCCUGGAACAUGCAUCGAGUGAAAUCGAGGUGCCUCCCGUUGUCUCCUUUCAGGAGGUGCCACUGGUGGCGCCCCCAUCUCCGCCAACCCCCUUUUAUCAUCUGCAGACCCGCACACCCAUCAUACGUUCAUCUUUUCCAAGUGCUCCUAAACCCAUUCAGCAUAAAGUGCCUCCUCCGGUGGUUGAACGCCUGACUUUGACAGCUAACACCUUCAGACAGAUACCGCUUGGCGCAAAGCGUAACUGCUUGUCUGCAACACCGCACCAAAGGACCAUCACAUUCCAACGUCCAAAUGUUUUUCAUGUCCCCGUCAAAUCAGUCGGUGCUGUCCGCAAAACAAUACCCGGAUCUGCUAAUCCGAUUAAACGGGAGCCCGACUGGGCUUCAGGCUCACUUUCUUCUGUCCGUGACAGGCUGCAUCUUUCCACUAGUGCAGUGACCAAUUCGUCCGGCGCCCUUACUGAUGUCGGAACGGUAAUGUCCCAUCAACCCUUGUUCCCCCCGGCUGGUACACGCGUCACUCCAUUCGCGCCGACUCCAGCUCGGGCACAGAGCUAUGGGGACAGCCGUCCCUCCACUCUCUCCGUUGUUCCCCUUUUCUCCGACCCUACACGUGUUAACCACCACCACCAGCAACAACGGCAGCACUCCGUCCACCCCUUCGGCGCUGACCUCAUUACCAUCGAUGAGCUCUCCCUUCCCAUGCAUGCUCUGCGAGAGGUCUCCGAAGAAACCUGCGAUAAGAUAAUCAAGAAACAGGAACGUAUGAUUAAGAAUCGCCAGGCAGCCUGUCUCAGUCGUCUUCGCAAGAAGGAGGUUAGUGCCAAUUGAGAACCAAGCACGGAUUCAGCAUUUCAGCUGAAACAUAAACACUACUUAGUCGCUAUCGGCCCCAUUCCACUCAUUCAUUCCUACCUUGAACUCACUGCUAUAAGUGAACCUACCGUAACUUCGAAGAUUUCCCUUGUCAUCACGGUCACCAAGCUCUUUGUAUAG